AUGAGGCAUCGAUACCAUCGUCAGUUCGGACUACCGAAUGCGAAUCAGAUUCUGCUUUGUAUUGCUGUAUGUGGACUCUUGUUCUUCUCGCUCCUCCGUCGCAAUUGGCUUCAUUUUAACGAGGACCCAAUGAUCUAUGCAUCUCUUCAACGUAUUUACAUUACGCGUGACGGAUCUACUGACUCGAAGUCGUGGGAUGUAUUUUGCGCUGACGAUUCUUUCCAGAUGAGAGUUCCAAAGACAAACCACACUACAACAGUUGUUAAUAUGCAGGAUGGCGUUAUAUUAUGUUACAAACGCACAAAUGGGAAUCUCGUGCCUGAAUUAAUGGUGUGGUUGCUCGCCGUGGGACUUAGUUGUGCUCUAUUAAGUACGUUAUUGGCGGUCUAUUUGCAACUUGGUAACCCAACAAGAGGGAUGGUGUUCUGGAUUGGAACGAUGCCGGGUAUUUUACUUUUUGGUUCUGCGGUACUUGGGACAGCAUCAUUGUUCUUGUGGCAGAGAUAUUAUCUACGGUUUAAUAAUGGUGAUUGUUUCAGUAUCACGGUGGCUGCUACAGUGAUUGCUUAUGCAGCAGCAAUUUCCAUGGUCAUUCGAUGGCGUUGGCCCGGCAUCUGCGCUGUGCCCAACGAGCAGCAAGUUAUCGGUUCGCGCUUGUACGGAGAUCAUUUGCCGCCUCGUCGUGGUCGAAGACAAGGGUCUGCAGGAGUCACCGCGACGGUGAACAACAGUACGGCACCGCUUCGUGAUCUUGAGACUGUUGCUACUCCACGUAACCGCUGA